UUUACUCAUUAAUUAACCAGUGAAUCAUUGUCACAUUGCGAUUUUUUCCUAACUAACUAUUUGGGCUGCACGUGUGCACCGUCAAUUUCGAAAAUUCCGUGGCUGGAGGGAGGCAAAAAGAUUUGCUGGUGAUUAGUGAUUAGUGAACGGUGCCGAUUGUUUCAGGUUUGGCGGAGUGAAGCAAGUCCAGUCGGUUUUUAGUUGUGCGGGCGGAUGAGGUGAAAGUGUACCAACGCUUGAAAACGCCGAAAACUGCACUCCUCCAUUCGGUAUGGUUAACAACUUCAACGGAAUCGAAGAACAUAAAAUACAACUAGAAAGAACCAAAAACGAGCAGCACAAUGAAAAAUUUAAGUGUACAAAGAUACAAUAUAUCAAUUUUGGAGAGGAUGAUCAAAUGGAAAUUGCAGGAUUUAGUAUCAGUAAGCUGAGAACGAAGAUCACCUGGCUGUUUUACAUUUUAACGUUCGGAUUAUUAAGAUUAUUUUUUCAUUGGUACCCUCAUUUGAAACUUAUUGCUACGCAUUCUAGAUGCAGCUUGAAGAAGGCCCAAAAAGUCUUAAUCACUGAUAAUUAUAAAGGAAAAUGUAAAUCGUACUUUGUAAAAGACGUCAUCAUUUUAUCACCGAGUGCUUCCAGUAAAGACCUGUUUUUGGAGUUCUAUUUGUGCGAUGGAACUUUAAAAAGGUUGCCUUUCGUUAAGACAAUAAGGUGCAAAAAACUAACUUACAUAUGGGACGAAGACAGGAACAAAUUCGUCAAACUGGCGGGUCUAGACAAAGGAAUAUCCAAAAGUACUCUUCAUACUUUCAGUGGGUAUUCAAAAGAAGAGCAAGAUUUAAGAAGGAUAAUUUAUGGUUAUAACGAAAUAGUAGUACCAGUCCAAACAAUAUUAACACUUUUAGUUUUGGAGGCUUUGACACCUUUUUACAUGUUCCAAUUGUUUAGUUUGAUCGUCUGGUUCUGCGAGUACUACUACUAUUACACCAUAGCUAUAAUAAUAAUGUCAGUUUUUGGAAUCUCCUCAUCGAUCAUACAAACCAGAAAAAACCAGCAAAAUUUAAAAGGAACAGUUCAUUCCUCAGACAAAGCCACAGUUUCUCGAAAUGGUACGUUCGAAGAAAUCCGAACGGAAGAUCUGGUACCUGGUGACGUUAUUCUAGUACCAUCAGGUUGUAACAUGCAAUGUGACGCCAUAUUAUUGAACGGAACAUGCAUCGUUAACGAGAGCAUGUUAACAGGUGAAAGCGUCCCUGUAAUGAAGAACGCCUUACCCAAAACCAACGCCUUGUACAACCUCAAGGAGGACAUGAGCCACACGUUGUACUGCGGUACUAAAGUAAUACAAACUAGGGGGCACGGAGACCACGUUAAGGCGGUGGUUAUUAGGACUGGUUACCUGACGACAAAAGGGGAACUGGUUAGGAGUAUCAUGUACCCUCCUCCCGCUGACUUCAAAUUCGACCAGGACAGCUACAAGUUCAUUGGAAUUCUAAGCUUCAUUGCCAUGCUUGGUUUUAUCUACACCGUUGUGUCAAAGAGUUCCAGAAACAUUGCACCAAUCGACAUUUUAAUAAAGGCCUUGGACUUGAUAACGGUGGCGGUACCGCCAGCCCUGCCGGCAGCUAUGACAGUCGGAAAACUGUACGCCUUAAACCGGUUAAAGAACCACAAAAUCUUUUGCAUCAACUCCAGAGUCAUCAACGUGUCGGGUUCUAUUGAUUGUGUUUGUUUUGAUAAAACUGGUACCUUAACGGAGGAUGAAUUGGACAUGUGGGCGGUGGUACCAGUUGAAGAAGGAAAAGUUAGAUAUCCAGUCAAAGAUGUCAGCAACCUGGAUGAUGGCAUGUUGAUUAGAGGCAUGGCUUGUUGUCACUCUUUGACUGUUAUCGAUGGAGAAUUGUGCGGGGACCCUCUGGAUGUCAAAAUGUUUGAAGCAACAACUUGGACUCUAAAUGAACCAAACCACAGCAACGAGUUCAUCACCCCACCUUUAACAAUAAUCCAACCAGAUGAGCAACUACACCAUAUAAACAAAGCUUUUAAAAUAGCCAUCCUAAAGCAGUUCCAAUUCUCCUCCACCUUGCAACGAAUGAGUGUAGUCACUAAGAGUAGUGAUAAGGAAAAGUACGAUGUUUUCUGCAAAGGUUCCCCCGAAAUGAUAUUCAGCUUGUGCGAACCAUCUUCAGUACCAGACGAAACGAAACUAUGGCUCAACAAUUUCACUGAACAAGGAUACAGGGUUAUAGCUCUGGCCACCAGAAACCUCGAAAUUACAAGUGAUGAACUGAAGGUGUUACAUCGAGAUGAGGUGGAAAAGGAUUUAGAAUUUCUAGGUCUAAUAAUAUUGGAGAACAAACUGAAAAAGGAGACUUGUGGCGCCAUUGAAACGUUACAAAAAGCGGGAAUGAAAAUCGUGAUGAUAACAGGGGAUAACAUACAAACAGCCAUUCACGUUGCUCAAGAAUGUGGUAUUCUCACCCAGGGUUGUAAAAUUAUUGAGGUGCAAGCCCACAAACCGACCAAAUUCGAAUUUGCCUCAAUCAAUUACGAAGUAUGUAAAAGGAGCAAGGCUCAGGAAUGUGUGGAAAUCGAAGAGGAUUACAGAUUUGUUGUCACAGGAAAUAGCUGGAGCAAUUUGGUUAAGUACUUCCCAGACUUGGUACCGAAAAUCGUGGCGAAAGGUGCAGUCUUUGCUCGAAUGUCUGGCUCACAAAAGCAACAACUGGUUGAAGAAUUAAAAAUAUUAGGCUACUACGUUGCAAUGUGUGGGGAUGGUGCCAACGACUGUGGGGCCCUCAAAGCUGCCCACGUGGGCAUAUCUUUGUCCGAAGCUGAGUCAAGCGUGGCUUCACCUUUUACUUCCAAAGAACCGAACAUUUCUUGCACUCCCAAGGUUAUAAAGGAAGGAAGGGCUGCCCUGGUGACGUCGUUUGGAGUUUUUAAGCUCAUGCUCUGUUACAGCCUGACGGAAUUCGCUUCGGUCAUCAUCUUGUACACCAUAGACACCAACUUAACAAGCAUUCAGUAUUUGUUCAUCGACAUCUAUUUAAUUUUGAAUUUCUCAUCGAUUUUUGGGCUGACGAAGGCGUUUUCAGUUUUAGACAAGAAACCACCGAUGACUUCCUUACUUAGUUUCAUACCCUUGUGCUCUUUAGUUUUCUUCAUGUUCUUCACGAUCUUCUAUCAGAUUUUCUCGUAUCACUUCGUUCAAACUUUCUCGUGGUUCACGCCCUUCAUCUACAACCCCAACAACACAGUGUUCUACGAGUCUUUCGAAAACUAUGCGGUGUUUUCUGUGUCCAUGUUCCAGUAUAUAACGAUGGCAAUUGUCUUCAGUAAAGGUAAACCUUACAGGGAAACCAUCUUCAGCAACAAAAUCUUCACGUUCUCAAUCUUUUUGACGAUACUAACUUGCAGUUAUAUUGUCGUUUAUCCUGCUAUUUGGUUGCAGGAUUUAUUCGAAUUAAAAAUACCUCCGAUUGUUGAAGACAGGUUCACGUUUCUUCUUAUUGCCUUCCUCAACUUCUUGACUUGUUUCUUUGUCGAAGACAUUGUUGUAGAAGUAGUUAUAAAGAAUUACGUGCAGCCCAAACUGAAAUGGUUCAGUGGUAAGCAAAAAGUUUAUGUUAAAGUUUUACAAGAGCUGGAUGAUAGCACCAACUUUCCUCUAGUUGAAAAAAUGGGAACGGAAAAUGGUGUUAUUAAUAAAGGCUUUGAAAAUACUGAAAAUGUUACGACGAGAUGUUAACUGUUUGUUUUUUAUUGUAAAUAUAUUUAUUGAAUGUUAAUAAAGUCGUUUUAUACA